ACAAUAAAAUGGUGGCGCAAUUGAAGCGCUUAUAUGUUGACGAAAACGGAAGUCACUGUAAGAGAACUGCGUGGUAAAAUUACCACCGGUAUGCUGUUUUUUAAGUGUUGAUAAGAAGUUUCAGCAUAUGAAAGAGAUUGUUAAAGCAUCAGGAUAAUAUUUUGCAUAAGUCAAAUUGUUCUCUUUUCAUAAAUGAUCUUAUAUAUUAUCUUUACCACGUUUUAUAAACACGUAAAUUUUGCUUAUAAAAGCUUAUAUUUAUCAGUUCAAGGGCUUUUAGUUUCGAUAUAUGAUGGUAUGCAUAACUACAUACGUAAACAAAAUUCAAGCAGAAAGUUCACAACUAUUUUGACCAUUUCGAAAUUGAAUUUGCAUUUCUAAGUAAGCUAAAGCUAUGUAUUUAUGUAAUUUUUUGUUGUUGUUGAUCUGCUAGCCUUGUUUUAAGGGUUGUUGUUGUUUUGUUGUUGUUGUAUAGAGAAAAAAGAGAUGCAGUUAUUGUUGUUAAAGAAAAUAAUAAAACAGCUCGAGAAAAGAUAGUAUUAACCGUUAACACCGGAUUAAUAUCUAAUACAAUGUUUGUAUAUACCACACCGACUAACGUUUCGUUAAACGGAGAAGAAACCGGCGAAAGUGAAGAGGAUCCUGAAUGUUUUUAUGUGUUUACAAUGUCGUAUCAUAUUUUAUCGCUGAUACUCAUAUUCCUAAUCAUCUGCAUGAAUUCUUUCACGAUAAUUUUAAUACUGCGUAAAAAAUAUCUGCGCAAGCCUCCUGGAAAUCAUUUAUUGUUGAGUUUAUCCAUGAACCAUCUUUUGGCUGGCAUUAGUUUUCUUUUCCAUAUUUUACCCGAUGUUUAUUUUAAAAUUAGCGGUUGCCGUGAAGAUAAUGCAAAACUGCAAAAGAGUUUUAUAGACAUUUCAAAAGUGUCGUACAUGUUAUCAAAGUAUUGUCUGUUAUUAUCAGUCGCACAUCUUCUGGCAUUAUCAACUGAUCGGAUAUGUGCGAUAUUCUUUGCCCUGCGUUACGAUGAAUUAAUUACGAUUCGAAAAAUCAGACUUGGUAUAGCUUUAGUAUGGCUUUUAACGCUUAUUUUGGCUUUAUUUGAUAUAGACUGGUUAUUUAUAGAUCUUGAUACGUCAAGAGAAAAAGUUUACACUAUAGUGUUCACAACGAUUUUUGCUAUCACUCCAGCUGUACUACUUUGCAUACAGUACAUUGUAAUGUUAUCAUUAAUUCACAGAUUAAUUCAAAGAAGCGUGACGGGUAUGCAACGCCGACAGAGCAUGGCAUCAGAGAGAAAGGCUUUAAUUGUGUACAUAGUCAUGUACAUUUCUUUCCUUAUUUUUUCACUGCCGUUCUUUAUUAUGAGAUUAAUGGUAGCUUUCCAUCCGGAUAUAUUUUUAGACACACCGGAGACAGUGUUGCAUGUAUUAAUAUUGUUUCGAUUUCUUACAGCAUUCACAGAUCCCAUGUUGUAUAUCUUUUACAAAAAAGACUUUCGGCGUGCGUUGAACGAAACUUUUGGAUGCGUAGGUGCGUGGCGACACCAUUUCCAUCAUAGCGAUUUAACGGAAAUGUCGCAGUUUUAUUCGCAACCCAGUCACACAAGACACAGUCAUAAUUAGGAAAGGGUGGAAAGCUUCAUGAGGAGAUUUGCGCUAACUGCCAUAAUCCGAAGAGGAUGAGAAAGAUCUUCCAAGUAUAAUCUCAUCAAGUUUCUCCACUCUUCCUGGAAAAGUGCAAAUAACGAGUUUUGAGUUAAAGACAUCAAUUAACCCUGAAGCUAUCCUGAAUUUACUUAAGUAUUGACUGCUGGUAACAAGUCCCUUACAUGUCAAAAAUUCGGGGUAUACCAAUAAACGUCUACAAAAUUCAGUGCGGCCAAGGUGCAAACUAACAAAGACCGAUAACUCUGUGUUGGGUUUCUUGAAGUUUUGAUCAAAAUCUUUAUUCAAUAUAUGCGUAUAUUACUUCUUAAAAUGUUCGCAAGUGAUAAUUUCUUCCACAACUCUGUUUCUUCUCUAUUUUCCUUUUCCUCGGCUACUUUUCUUCUCUAUAUUUUUUUACUGGCACUUUCCUGACUUUUUGCUAGUAAUAUUUUUCACUAUUGUUUUCUGAACUGUUUUUUUCCUAAGCCACAAUAGCAGUAAAAAGCACCAGUAAUGUUUUCUUCAAACAGAGUUUUUAUUUUAAUAGCAGUGUACCUCUGGAAGUUCAAAAACGUUUUCGCUAUAAUCUCAAGCAGUCCUUUUACAUAAAGUUUAAAUUUGGAAGCGAAAUGAAAAUUUCAUUUUCAUCAUAAUCUAGUCCAGGGUUAAUUUUGUUUAAUCAAGAAGCCCGAAAUAAACCUUCAUGUAAAAACCUUAGUAUCGCACAAAAAGUUUCGAAAUAAAGUCUGUUGCAAGUUUGAACUGCAUAUUUAAAUUCAAAUUUAGGCUGAUUUUUUAUUUCUCAGUAAGAUUUUUAAUUGCGUUUCGAUCUUUGGAAGAUUCUUGGUAUAUGUUUAUUUUAGAUUCUUGUACAUAUGCUGAUAGAAAAUCUGAUAAAAUUAAAAAAGCGAGCUACUAUUGUUAUGGACUGUUUUGCUCUGAUCCUUACCGGUACAAAAUAGUUUUUUGUUUACGGUUUCUUUUUUUAAAUUUAAUUCUAAUUAUAUUUUUUUAAACAAUUUUGUAUAUUUUUGUAAAUUGUAUUUUAGUAUUUUUUUCUUAUGUUUAUGAUUUAAGAAAGUUAUGAGUUUGUCUAUUUUCAACCGGGCACUUAUU